AAACUGGGCUCUUUGCUCGGAUUUGUCUUGGUGAUUUAAUUCCAGACAAAAUGUGUGGGAGAAGAUAUCUUGGAUUUGUGCUCCUGGUUUGGUUUCAAGGAGUGCUGCAUGUGCAAACGUCAGAUCAGCCUUGUUCAGCUCCAAAACUGAAUAAUGGUUAUUUGAUCCCUGAAGAACUCGCUUACAAUCAUGAAUCAAAGCUCACUUAUUCCUGUGAUAAAGGACGUAAACCUGCAGUGGAGGGUUGGUGGGCGACAAGCACAUGUCACAAUGGCAAAUGGUCUCCUGAACCACAAUGUAUAGACGAAAAAGCCUGUCUGCCACCAACUAUCCCCAAUGGAAUAUACACUGUAAACACAAACGGCUGGUAUGAGGAGAGAGACAUUAUCAGGAUAACAUGUGACAAAGGAUAUAAACACAAAAACCGGGUCGCAACAGCUGAAUGUAUUACCGGAACAUGGUCCUCUGUGCCGGUCUGUGAGAAAAGUAUCCAUGCAUGUGGUGAGCCCCCUCAAGUCCCCCACGCAGUGAUCAUUUUCCAGGGAUUCCAGGACUUCUUUGCUCCAGAUACAGGGUUGCAGUAUGAAUGUGAAGAUGGGUAUACUAUAGAGGGAGCAGACACCAAGAAAACCAUCUACUGCUUAUCUGGAAACUGGACUCAAGGCCCCGUGUGCAGCAGAGUAACCAGACCGGGUCCUGGACCUGUUGGUCCUGCACUGGGGGGAACAGGUGGGGGACACCCUCCAUCAACUGGCAGUGCGACACAACCUGCAGGCGGUGGAACGGAUCGUGGACAUGGUGGAUCUGGAGGACACGCCACAUCUGCUGGGAGUGGGACACAGCCUGAGUGGAGAGUCAACAUUUGUGGAAACCCCCCCGUAGUUCCUAAUGGUGAUGUUGUGGGAUAUGGUCAAAGGUAUUUGAGGUACGAAUGCUCUAGUUUUUACAAACUAGAUGGUCCAGAGAAAGUGGUGUGUUACAGCGAUGGCACGUGGUCAAACGUACCCUACUGCAGAGUCAACUUCUGUUCAGUGGACACUGAUGGACAUCCACAUUUAAAAUCUGCUGGAGUUCAUUACAUGAAAUAUGGGGAGGAGGUGAGAUUGCCAUGUGUGCAGGAUCCUUCCUGGUGGACGGAUCACUAUUCUUUGGUCAAGUGCAUCUAUGGAAGAACGGUUGUUUACGAUUGUUGUACCAGGUUUGCACUAAAGUCGGAUUGCUGCUAAGGCUGCAUCAUCAAGGGGAAGAUACUUCCGCCUUUGGAAUUGCUGAAAACAGCCUGGAAACCUUUGAGAGAUAAAUAAGUAAUCAUUACGUCAAAAAGAUUCUGACUUUUUAUCUGUGAAUGGCCACAUAGUUGUAGAAGCAAUUUGUUUGCAUGCUUAAAGCUGCAAAAAAUAAGGUCUCAAUAAAGUCUUGAAUUUCAACACAAAA